AUGAGCCGUGGCAAUGGCGGCGCCAUCGUUGCCGUAUCGUCUAUCGCGGGUCAUCUGACACAUCGCAACCUCGGUCAAUACUGUGUCGCAAAAGCAGGCGUUGAAAUGCUGGUGCGCAACAGCGCCGACGAACUUGGGCACUAUGGCAUCCGUGUGAAUGGUGUGCGACCAGGGUUGGUACCCACUGAAAUGGCCGCGGGAUUGCAACAGACUGAUGCCGUACGUGAAGACUACCUGGCGCAAAUGCCACUCAAACGACUCGGUAAACCUGAAGAUGUGGCAGCCGCAGUACGUUUUCUUGCCGGGCCCGAAGCGGCAUGGAUCACAGGUCAAUUACUGGGGGUAGACGGCGGCCACUCACUCCGGCGCGGACCCGACCUGGAUGCCAUUUUCGCCCCAACCGCAGAUGCGCAACUGGCCGACUUAAUGCGCCCCACAGUCAUCAAAGUGGAAGCCUUCGAUGGAGACAUCAUGCGUCAUACUCAGAAAAGUGUUGACGGAUUCACCACCACCUUCGUAGCCAGCAAUCGAGGCAAGAAGGGCAUCGCCAUCGACCUCAAGCAUAAGUCAGGCAAUGAGAUGAUCAAACGCUUCGUUCCCUACGUGGAUGUAGUGGUACAGAAUUUUCGACCCGGCGCGGUGGAACGCAUGGGAUUGGAUUACGACACUCUAAAACAAGUCAACCCAAGCAUCGUUUACUGCUCAAUCUCAGGCUUCGGCAACAAGGGUCCAUACAUAAACAAACGUAUCUACGAUCCCAUCAUUCAGGGCAUGUCGGGGUUGAACGCUGUUCAAGGUGGCCCCGGGCAGCGGCCUGAGAUGAUCAAGACAUUGAUACCCGAUGUCGUGACCGCAUUAACCGCGGCCCAGGCCAUCACCGCCGCACUGCUGGCACGUGAACGCUCUGGCCAAGGUCAACAUGUCACUGUCGCGAUGAUUGAUGCGAUGAUUGCGCUAAUCUGGCCCAGCAUGAUGGCCAACAACAUGCGUGUCGAUGAAAACGGCGAGAAUCCGCCACCAACAGGCACCGCGCGCAGAGGUGAGCUGAUAUUCAGAACGACUGACGGCUACAUCACCGCUGCAGCUGUAUCCGAAGCUGAGUGGCAAGGCUUAUGUACUGCGCUGGACAAAGCGGAGUGGUUAAAUCACGACCGACUCAACACCCCUGCGGGCAGGGUCGCCAAUAGCGCAACGCUGAUUGAAUUACUUUCUCCAAUUUUCGAGCAACAAGCCUCCGCUCACUGGCUUAAGCUAUUUGACGAACACGAUGUGCCCUGCGGCCCGAUACUGACCCCUGCCGAUCUACCGAACAAUGAACAGAUCAUUGCCAACGAACUUAUUGAGGUAUUUGAUCAUCCGGGUAUUGGCAAGAUCCGCCAGGCGCGACCCGCCGCCAAAUUCUCUGCAACGCCUGCGCACAUUCAAGGGCCUGCGCCCGGCAUUGGCGAACACACACGUGCCAUCCUGCAGCAAUUCGAUUUCUCUGAUCCGGAAAUCGACGACCUGUAUGCCCAAGGUGUGGUGCGCUGA